UGACGUGUACUCUUUCACCACCUACAACUUCUUCAUCACUUCAAUAUUCAAUAUAAAUUCGAACCUAUUUUCUAAAAAAAUAAUAAUAAUUCAGACCCAUCAAUUUUCAUUCUCAAUGGCUCUUCAUAUAAACAGUGGUUGUUUUACUGUGAUGGGUCACUGUAGAGUUCAAAGAGUAAAAGCUGUUGCUUCAGAGGGUUCUGCUAAUGUUACAGUUGAAGAUAAGUUGAAAUUGGGUGGUUCUGAUUUGAAGGUGUCAACUAUUGGAAUUGGAGCUUGGUCUUGGGGUGAUACUACUUACUGGAACAAUUUUCAAUGGAAUGAUAGGAAUGAGAAAGCUGCUAGAGAUGCAUUCAAUACAAGUAUUGAUGGGGGUCUAACCUUUAUCGACACAGCUGAAGUUUAUGGCUCUGGGCUCGCUUUCGGAGCUGUAAAUUCAGAAACUCUUCUAGGAAGAUUUAUUAAAGAACGAAAACAAAAGGAUCCAAAUGUUGAAGUUGAGGUUGCGACCAAGUUUGCUGCACUACCAUGGAGAUUAGGCCGUGAAAGUGUUCUAAGUGCACUUAAAGAUUCCCUUGAUCGACUCGAGAUGACUUCUGUGGAUCUGUAUCAGCUUCAUUGGCCUGGAGUAUGGGGAAAUGAAGGGUAUAUUGAUGGUCUAGGUGAUGCUGUUCAAAAAGGACUUGUAAAGGCUGUUGGUGUUUCAAACUAUAGUGAAAACCGACUACGCGAAGCAUAUAAACAGCUCAAGAAGAGAGGUAUUCCAUUGGCUUCAAACCAAGUAAACUACAGCCUCAUUUAUAGGGUCCCUGAAGAAAAUGGUGUGAAGAAAGCCUGUGAUGAACUUGGGAUUACAUUGAUUGCAUAUUCACCAAUAGCUCAAGGUGUUCUUACUGGAAAGUAUACUCCACGAAAUCCUCCAUCUGGGCCUCGAGGUAGAAUUUAUACUCCAGAAUUCUUAACAAAGCUUCAACCACUGCUAAAGAAGAUCACUGAAAUAGGAGAGAAAUACAAUAAAACUUCUACACAGGUAUCACUGAACUGGCUGGUAGCUCAAGGAAAUGUUGUACCAAUUCCUGGUGCUAAGACAGCAGAACAAGCUGAAGAAUUUAAAGGUGCAUUGGGAUGGAGAUUGACUAAUGAAGAGGUAGCUGAGCUACGAAGUUUGGCGUCGAAAAUUAAGCCUGUUAUUGGCUUUCCUGUUGAAAAACUCUGAAUCAUGGUUAAUCACAUUGCUGCAGCAUACACCCCCUGCUAAAUCAUUUGUAAAGUUAUAAAUAUAGUCUAGCGAAAAAGAAAUUGCAUCCAUAGUAAAUUGGAAAUUGAGAGCAAAUGAUAUCUCAUAUCUUAUUAUAGUUACUAUAAAGUGCUUAUCUACAAGGUCUACUUCCAUUUUUGUUCUUUUCAUUAAGUGGUAUAAAAUAGUUUAUGUCGACAAAACAAAAUAUAGCACAAACAAUUCUGAUUAAA